AUGACACCAGUAGUACACGUCGUCCUCUUCCAGUUCAAGGACGGCCAGACGCCCGACCAACGCCGCGAUCUCUGCGACAAGAUGCUCGGCCUGAGAAACAAGUGCCUCCAUCCUGCUUCCAAGCGGCCCUACAUCAAGUCUUCCAUGGGCGGCUUGGAUAGAAGCAUCGAGGGCUGCCAGCACGGCUCUACCCACGCCUUUGUUGUCGAGUUUGAAAGCGAGCAGGACCGCGACUACUAUGUCAACGAGGAUCCUGCGCAGGCCAGUUUCGUGCUCGAGGUUCUGCAGAAGUUGGACAAGGCUACUAUCCUUGACUUUUCGCCGGGCGUAUUUUGA